CAACAACUUAAUUUAACGAAAAAAAUUUAUUUUGUCGUCAAAUGAAGAAAAAAAUAAAGCGUAAUCUACAAAAGUGUAUGAUGCAAAUCAUAUAACAUGUACACAUAUAAAUUUAUAAGCACCCUUCAAGCCACAAGGAACUUAAAGAUAUAACUUUAUUUAACUUCGGAUGGCCCAACAUCCAUUAUCCAUCUGACUUGGCACGUUCAAAAUGAAGAACUUAAAAUUAGUCGAUAGGCAUAAACGUAGGGAUGAAUUGUUUUUAUAAAGAUUUAUUUGCUGUUAUUUAUAAUCGAAACUUUUAUAGAGCAAAUGUUUAAUUUGGGAGUUAUAACAACAGUUAAGGGCAUAGAAAUAGAAAUUGAUGGUAAUUUUAAAACCAUACUAAUCGGUCUAUAUAAAAGUCUUCGUAUCAAUACCAUUACACAUUCUGGCGAUGCACCUGAAACAAGUGUUAACAAUGAAAAACGUAAACUCGAUACCAUUACACGUACUGACGAUACACCUGAAACAAGUGAUAGCAAUAAAAAACGUAAACUCGAUACCAUUACACAUUCUGGCGAUGCACCUGAAACAAGUGUUAACAGUAAGUAUAAGUUACAAGUUACUUGCACCUAGUGUUAUAUUUAAAUUUG